AUGUCGAAUCCUCUGGCUCAACUGAUUGGUCGCACUAAAUCAGCUGAUACCGAUGCGUCAGCCGAUUUACAGAAGCUUACGAAAACACUUAACAAUGGUGUUAGCUUGUGCGACAUUUCUACACUGAUGAGAACGUUGGGAUGUCCCUCCUUCUAUCAUCACAAACCUACACUGAAUAUGCUUCUCUAUCAUUUACGUAUACAACAUUAUAUGGCCCAGGGUCAGGUUACGUAUCCGAAAGAGUACUCUAAACCAUUUCCUAUGACCAUCGGCAAAUGGACAGGGUGCAUGCAGUUGUUCCUCUCCAAAAAAGCAACUGGUGGAUAG